GCAUUGAAUUUAUAUCUAAAUGAAUCCCCGCCGAUUUGGAAUCGUAAUAUAAUCUGACAAAAAAGUCAACUGAGAGCUGUCAAAUUCUAUCAAUGCCGAUUUCUCCUCCGUAAAUUCUUCUCUUUUUCUCACUACACUCCACCUGCACCAGCUUUGAAAUUGAGAGAGACGAGAAAGUUAUUUUCCUGGUUUACAGGUUUGGCUUGAUUCAGGCAAAAUUGCAACUUCGCCUUUUGAGUGCAAAUUGGAUAGAAUUUCGAUUUCAAUUUUGAGUGAAUUAGAGGCAAGCUGAAAACAAUGGCGGUAACGAUGAAGCAAAUGGCACUGUUAGUAGCAUUCCUUGGAGCACUCUCCUUCAUUCUUGGGGUUGUUGCUGAAAACAAAAAGCCUCCACAUGGAACUCCAAUAACCGGGAAGGGUGUUGUGAUCUGCAAAUACCCAUCCGAUCCAUCUGUGGCGUUGGGAUAUUCAUCCUUUGUGUUCCUUGUCGUUUGCGUGGUUGCUGGUUGGUAUUCUCUAUUCUACCCGUACAAAGGGAAGCACGUUCCAAAGGCAGCCUUAUUCCAAAACAAAGGCUUCCUUGCCUUCUUUGGUGUUGCACUGUCGACAGCUGCGUUGGCUAUCGUGAUGCUGUUAUGGCCUACAAUCACAGAGCAGCUACACCACACAAACAAUGUUCAUCACAAUUUGGAAACCGCGUGCCCUACAGCCAAGACCGGACUUCUCGGUGGAGGUGCUUUUCUAUCUCUUGACGCGUGCCUCUUCUGGCUGGUCGCAUUGAUGCUGGCUGAUAAUGCUCGUGCCGACUACUUGGAUGAAUCAGAUGGCAAGGCUGCAGGAAGUUUUGAAGCUGAGCCAAUCAAGGGCAGUGCCUGAUAGCUACAAAUCAUAUCGUCUUUCUUUUCAUUUUCUCGCAAAUGGAUAUAUAUUAUAUAUACAGUCUUUCUCUCUCUGUUUUGUAAGUAUUGACUCUGUUGGUUCACAUUAGCCUCAUUUCAAAGUUAUUAUAAAUUGUAAUUUGUGAAUUUGAUAACCUUUCUUUAUCUUUAUAAGCCAAACCUCUUUUGACAA